UUUGAUUCAGAAAUUCCCUUUAGUCAAAAAAUUGCAGCUGUUUGAGCCCUUGGGUCGCGGCUUAAUUGUGGAAACUGACCUGAGUCCAAUUUCCAUGCAGCUCGAGGUGUUGGUUUUAUAUUCAUGAAUAUGCGUUUGGGGCGUCUGGGUGGGCAGGCAUGCCAUGCAAAUCAUAUUCAAAAUCUCACCUGGUUGUCUUUGGCCAACAUAACCAGUGUCCUCUUUAAAGCCAGGUGUUCUCCUUUUGAUAUAAAACUGAUUUACAUCAGCAACAUGAAUAGACAACCCACUGCACAAAAUAGUGUCUAUUUUUGGUCAGUAGUUUUAAGAACUUUAUUAGCGUGUUACAUUCAGGUCUUGUUUUUCCACACCUAUAUAACAAUUUGGUUAAAGUCUUCUGACUCUUACAAUGCACCAAUUCUUUAAAAUUUCUUGAAAUGAGCUAGGCUAGAUAAUGUGUUUAUUGACCAUUGGUAAGUGUUCUUGAACAAGUUCUCUAAAUUGGUUUCUUGAAUGUUUUGCAGUUAGGGUCUAUUUAAAUUUAUGGACCCCUUCACUACAGAUUUAUUUUAGAAACUAUUAAAAAAAAAAAAAAAAAGUCACAUUAUUUAAAUGUGUAUGAUAAUAUUUUGCCUAUGUAUUGAGCUAUUUUUUUUAAUGAACCAAACAAAUUUUUAUUAACAUUAUUAUUUGAUUGCAUUGACAUGAUUUUAUAGCUUUAAUAAUGGUUGGUUCUGGUUUACACUACUGUGACAACUAGCAAAUUGCUAAUCUCUUGGGGUCCUGGAUCCCACUCUGAGAAUCGUUGCUCUAGACUAUAAUAUAGCUUAUAUUAUGCAUAACAAAUUGCAAUGAAUUUAACCAUCAUCGUGUUGCAGACCUCACACUCUUAACAGCUCAUCCUACUUUUUGAGAAUUUUCUAAUUUAGUGACUUGUCCUAAGUUCAUGAGGACAUGAUUAAAUGCAAUUAAAUUUCAAAAAUGAUGUUAAGUGAAUUGGUCAGUUUGCAAAAGCCAGUUGAAUACCAACUUGGUUUAAUUUGAGAAAUAGCUGGUUCAACAUACCAAGUUCAACAUUCUAUCAGUUGAUCUUUUCUUGAGUCUGGGUGGUUACCUCAGACAUUCACAGCAGGUCUCCUGGGAAGAAAGUGUCAUGGGAUUACAGUAACACCAUUAGCUGUCAGCAGACGAGGCCACACAGUCCUCAGCAGGAGGCGUGGAGUCGCUGAGACUCCUCCUUCCGUUCCUCUCCUCUCCUCUUGCUCUGUCUCUGCUGCAGCUUUAAGGAAGUGUUGCACAGCGACGCCACUGCCGAAACACUGCAGUCACCUACUGUCCUCUCAGCUGCCCUGCCAUGUUGAUUUCAUGGUGGUAUUUGUACCUGGGUGCUCACAGCAUCUACAAGCAAGUGCAAAACAUGGCAUCUGUGCUGCAGAAGCUCAUUACCCCCCUUUUCAAUGGACCAGUUGAGCCUCCCAGGAACAAGGUGACGGUGGUGGGAGUGGGUCAGGUGGGCAUGGCGUGUGCCGUCAGCAUCCUGCUGCAGGAGUUGGCUGAUGAGCUGGCCUUGGUGGAUGUGAUGGAAGACAAACUAAAAGGAGAGAUGUUGGACCUGCAGCAUGGAAGUCUCUUUUUCAAAACUCCUAAAAUUGUCUCAGGAAAAGAUUACUCAGUGACAGCAAACUCACGCAUCGUAGUGGUGACAGCAGGUGUACGUCAGCAGGAGGGAGAAAGCAGGCUUAACCUUGUCCAGAGGAACAUCAAUGUCUUCCAGCACAUAAUACCACAAAUAAUCAAAUACAGCCCCAACUGCAUCCUCAUUGUGGUGUCUAACCCAGUGGAUGUUUUGACCUAUGUGACCUGGAAGCUGAGCGGCCUACCCACACACCGCGUCAUUGGCAGUGGCACUAAUUUGGAUUCAGCACGUUUUCGGUACCUGAUGGCGGAACGACUGGGAAUCCACCCUAGCAGCUUUAACGGCUGGAUCCUGGGAGAACAUGGUGACUCCAGUGUUCCUGUUUGGAGUGGUGCAAAUGUAGCAGGUGUGAACCUCCAGAAACUGAACCCAGACAUCGGCCAAGACAGUGACAGGGAGAACUGGAAAAAGACUCACAAGAUGGUAGUUGACAGUGCCUAUGAGGUGAUCAGACUGAAAGGCUACACUAACUGGGCUAUUGGACUGAGUGUAGCAGAUCUCACAGAGAGCCUCAUUAAAAACCUGAACAGAGUUCAUCCCAUUUCUACCAUGGUCAAGGGGAUGUACGGGAUCACCGAUCAUGUGUUCUUGAGCCUCCCGUGUGUGUUGAACAGCAGAGGAGUGAGCAGUGUGGUAAACAUGAACCUGACCCAGGACGAGGUGUCUCAGCUGAAGAAAAGCGCAGACACACUGUGGAACAUUCAAAAAGACCUGAAAGAUCUGUAAGAGUCGUGCUCACUAGAAAGCGCGCUUGUUCACAAGCUUUCCGAGCAAACACCUCAACUAAUACAGCAGCUUUAGAAUGUUUGUCUUUUAUCUCCUUACAACACUAAUAAUAUUAUCAAAUACAGAUGCAGGUCUAGAUGCAGCUCUCAUCUGCUAUGUGCAAUCACCAUGCAAAUUGUAUGCACAUUGAAUGUGCACAUUCGUUCUUUAUUGUUGUUAGUUUGGAAAUAAAGACUCAAAUAGCCAAUA